UGUAAAUUAAGAGAUCUCAACAUAUUUACUCAUAGCGACGAGCCGAUUAUAGAUAACAAAAAAACUAAUAACUGAUUAGCUUCUUAAGCUUUAUACUCAAAAUUACUAUGGUUUAAAAUUUGCAAGAGUAGUUCAUAUUCAGAGACUAUAGACGGUGAUAGUCUAUCAGUUCCAUUAUACAUUUAGUUAAAAUGUCUAAGAAUAAGUUAAAUUUAACUUUACCGCCUGGUGUAACAGACAACCCACAGCCAGUGUCUCCGUCUGCUCCAUUGUCAGCAGCUUCAGAUGCAGGAUGUGAUAAGUUAAGUGUUGUAAGUUUACAAGAACAAUUAGAUCGCGUUGGGAUGGACGAUGAACAACGUAAACGAAUGGAACUGUUUUUAUGUCAAAAAGAAAAAAUUGGUGGAGAAUUAAGUGAUGCUGAUUUUGAGAAAAUGAAAGAUGGAGAAUUAGGUGCUGGAAAUGGAGGAGUAGUGAUGAAAGUUAAACAUAAAUCAAGUGGAUUGAUAAUGGCAAGAAAAUUAAUUCAUCUAGAAGUAAAACCUGCUAUAAAAAAACAAAUUAUUAGAGAACUCAAAAUUUUGCAUGAAUGUAACCAUGCACAUAUUGUUGGAUUUUAUGGAGCAUUUUAUAGUGAUGGUGAAAUCAGCAUAUGCAUGGAAUAUAUGGAUGGUGGUUCCCUAGAUCUCAUUUUACAAAAGACUCGAAUACCAGAGCCAAUACUUGGGACCAUCACAGCAGCUGUUGUUAAAGGACUUAUAUAUUUGAGGGAACAACAUUCAAUUAUUCAUAGAGAUGUUAAACCUAGUAAUAUUUUAGUAAAUAGUGCUGGAGAAAUCAAAAUAUGUGAUUUUGGAGUAUCUGGACAAUUAAUUGAUUCAAUGGCUAAUUCAUUUGUUGGAACCAGAUCAUAUAUGUCUCCUGAAAGACUCCAAGGAACACAAUAUACGUUACAAAGUGAUAUUUGGUCUUUGGGUUUAUCGUUAGUUGAAAUGGCGAUUGGUAUGUAUCCAAUACCUGCACCUGAUGCUAAGACAUUGGCUUCUAUAUUUGGUCCUAGAUCACAAACAUCUGAAACAUUGGAAAACUCAGAGGGUGACGUGUUUGCAAAUGGUAAUGGACCUAGACCUAUGGCUAUUUUUGAACUUCUUGACUACAUUGUUAAUGAACCACCACCAACUCUACCAGCCGGUAUUUUUACUGAUGCAUUUAAAGAUUUUGUUGAUAGAUGUUUAAAAAAAAAUCCAAAUGAAAGAGGAGAUUUUAAAAUGCUUAUGGACCAUAAAUGGAUUAGAAAAGCUGAAAGUGAACCAGUUGACAUUGCUGGAUGGGUUUGUAAAAUUAAAGGAUUAACUCCAACUACUCCUACAAGGAUGGCAUCCAACUCUGCCUCAUGAGUCUGCUCACUGCUCCUAAUACAACGGCUCACUGCUGCAGACUCCUAUGUAGACAGAAAUGUCUAGAGAGAUGCACCUCCCAAGCUUUAUCAUAUAAUCGCUUUUGCCAAGUUAUUUUAUUAUAAUUCAUUUUAAUAUAGCAAAUAAAUAAAGUGUAAAUUACAAGUUUUAAAUUUUAUUCUGAUUAAAUUAAGAAAUUUUAGAGACUUCUCAAAUUAAUUUAUGGGUGUAAUUCUUAUUUAAUUUUUUUUUUUUAAAGUUAAUGUGUGAUUGCAAAUUUUUAAUACAAGCGUGAUAUUAUUAAAAAUUAAUUAGGGUUUUUCUACUGUUCUAUUAUUCUAUUCCCUCUUAAAAUAUCAAUUUGAUCAUUAGUACAAUACUUAUUACAUUUUCAUAUUUAAAUUUUUUUUUUUAAAUUCUUAACCCAAAAUGUAUAUAAAAAAGAUUCUAUUUCAUAAAUUUUUUCUAUUACAUUUUUUUCUUAUUUUUUUAUUUUACUAUCUAUAAAAAUGUUAACUACAUUUUAAUAGAAGUUAAUUUAUUUUUAUUUUUAAUUGUGUUGUUUUAGUUGGUAGUUUUUAUUUAUACUAAUCAUCUAUUUGAUGAAUAAUCCUAUUUUUCUAAAUAAUUUGUUAUUACAUGUUUUUAUCUUAAGUUUACUUUAUUUAUUAUUUGUUCUUGCUACUGUUUUAGGAGGAACAAAUAAACAUACUGUAUGGUUUAAUUAAUUUUGUUAAAAAUAUUUUAAAAUAAUAAUGUUCAUAUAAAUCUUCAUUUUGAUUUAGUUACGCCUAUAUUAAACUUGUGUUUACUAUAGUUAAUACCACAAUUUCAUUUCAUUGUGCAAUAACUCCCUAUCUUAUAAUACGAAACUGAUAAUUUUUGUGAAUGAACUAAUUGUUAUCUGUUUUUUAUAUUUUAUUAAAUUUAUUUAAUUACAUAUAAGUAGUAUAACUUAUAAUAUAAAUGACAUUGAGUGUCUUGGCAUAUCAUUAGGCUAGUGGGAGCCUUAGUAGCAGGAGCAGCAAAACUUUGUAUUACUAAAUUAUGACAUGUUAGUGUCAACUAAAUAUCCUAACAGUUUAUUUGUCAUUUAUUUAUUCAUAAAUAAUAAUAAUAAUUAUUAUUAGUAUUCAUGAAAUGCUGUAUUAUAGAAAAAUUUUAAAUAAAAAAAUUUAAAUUUGAAA